AUGGAGUCGCCAACAACGUACGAACACAGUGACGCGAUGGUUCCAGACCAAAAAAAUGCCUUCGUUUUCACUGGAAAUAUCCGAGUCAAAUUGGUACGUCGUUUGGGCUUCAUUUCAUCAUCACGACAUUGUCUUCGAAAGAGAGUCAGGUUCCUUUUGAUAAUGUCUUUUCUUAUUUUAACGUUGCUGCUGGUAAUUGGUGUCCGAUCGCCUAAUGUAAAUUCACCUCCUGACCGCCAAUCCGCGGAACUAUCAUUAAGUCGGCGUCUUCCUCUCGAUGUGAAGCCAACCAACUAUAAAAUAAAAUUAACACCAUAUCUAGACGAAGAGGACUUGGAACGCCUUUUCACGUUUGACGGGGAGGUGUAUAUAUUAGUGACCUGCCGUCAAAUGACCGACACUGUAACACUGCAUGCUGCCAGUCUUAGCGUUGACAUUGAGUCCAUCCAAGUCACGGACAUGAACGGUGAUGUAAACAUGGGAGUGGUCGCCACAAACAUUGUAUCCCAGUUUGACUUUUUCGUGAUAAACUUGAAGCAUUCGCUACAAGUUGGUCGCCAAUAUAUAAUGUACAUGAAAUAUUCCGGGAAUAUGACGACCGACAACAGGUGGCUGGGUUUUAUUGCAAGUUACAGUGGAACCAGAUAUAUUGCUUCCACACACCUGGAACCCACUUAUGCUAGGUCUGUAUUUCCAUGCUUUGAUGAGCCUUCGCUGAAAGCAACCUUUGACAUCACAGUGAAGCACAGACUGGGAAGAUCUGCGCUGUCCAAUAUGCCGAAUAUCAAGAAUCACACACAAGGGGAAUGGAAUACUGCAUACUUCAAUACAACAGUCGUUAUGUCAACCUACCUGGUAGCGGUAGUUGUGUCUGAUUUUGAAUGUAAAGAAGCUGUUUCUGAAGGUGUACAGUUCCGUGUUUGGUCCGCCAAAGAUGACUUAAAAGAUACUCAGUUUGCCUUGGAGAUUGGAAUGCAGUUUUUAUCAUAUUUUGAAGAUCUGUGGUACAUACCAUAUCCUUUGCCGAAGCUAGACAUGGUGAUAAUUGAUAUAGAUGGCAGUGGUGCAAUGGAAAACUGGGGUUUGAUAACAUUUAAUAGUCCUAUGGUGUUAUAUAAUAAAGUUAACGAUUCACUGUCACAACAAGUGACUGUUGCAAUGACAGUGGUUCAUGAAUUAACACACAUGUGGUUUGGUAAUAUAGUAACCCUUGAUUGGUGGGAUGACACGUGGUUGAAGGAAGGUUUUGCAGAUUUCUUUCAGUUUUGGGGAGUAGACCAUUUAAAACCAGGCUGGCAUGUAUAUGAAGAGUUCUAUCAAGAUAGGAUAACAUUCCAAGCAUUUUUAGCGGAUAUGGAUCCUGAUUCCCAGUCUAUUGUCGCACCAGCCGGAAAGUACAGACCACCUGUGGAACAGUUUGCUACAACCUCCUAUAAAAAGGGUGCUGCCAUGGUGAUGAUGAUGCAGACUUUCUUGGGAGAAGAGACGUUUUAUGAGGGUGUGCGGAAUUACUUAAUGCGUCAUUUGUAUGGCAGUGUCAAACGAACCGAUUUGUGGGCAUGCUUGACAGAGGCUGACAUAGGUAAAGGAGACACAGAUUUCAGAUCUCUGAUGGAGCCAUGGCUGCUAUAUCCUGGCUAUCCACUCGUCACUAUAUUAAGGCAGGGUAGUGUCAUAACAGUGGAACAGGAACAAUUCUUAAUACAACCUUUGAAAAAAAUCAGGUUGAAUAAAGAUGUCAGUGAUACGAUAUUAUGUACAGGAUUAAUACACAGCAGUGAAAGAGACUGGGUUGCUGCCCUCGCAGUGCUACUGAAAAGUAAUAAUAACAGGUUGUCUGUGAACUCCAGAAAAUCUUUAGCUUGCAGUAGAUUACCUGUGGUUUUACAAAGAUACAUGGAGCAGUCCACACAUGCCGGAGACUUUGCCGAUAUUAUUGGUGAUGUGCGGGAUUCAUCACCGAUGGGAUUUCAGAUAGCUUGGAAUUACACCCUGGAAAACUUUGAUACUCUCAGCAAAAUUGAUAAAGCCAGUACAUAUGAUUUACUAUGGAAGUUUGUUAAUCACAUGAACUCAGACAAAGAUCUAGACAAUUAUAAGAAUUUAAGAAGAUACAUAACAAAAGAUAUGACUGAUGAUUAUUAUAAACAAUAUGCAGUGAUAAAUGGGAAUAAAGAUUGGAUGAAAAUGAAUUAUCAGGAUGUUGCUGAUUUUCUGAAAAAUAAAAUACCGUCUGUUACCUAG